UUUUUACUGAGAAGUGAAAGUGAAAGUAGGUUUUCAAACCGAACAGCUCGUUGUUUCGGUGCUCAGCGACAAACAGAUCAUUUCUACCAAUGAAUAUUAAUCAUGAGUCCGAUCUUACAGAUACUCGCUUAUGUAUGUCUGUGUGCAGGUGUGCAGAGCGUCCACCAGGUGUCAUGGCUGCCCUGCCUCUUCACCGACGAGCACGUCUUCCUUGACCCCGAUGGUCACAUGCGGACUGAGCACGUCCCCCGGGACGCCGUGCUGCAGUUCGGCCAAACGGGAGACCCCCCCGCCAACCCACACGCCGUCACCUUCCUGGUCACCGGGUCUAAGUUGGACCUGCGGCGCUUCCUGGAGGGCGCGGAGGCGGAGCAGCUGGAGUGCGAGCUGCGGCGGUACAGCACCAAGGGGGUCCACGACAUCAGAUGGCCGGUCCAGGGGUCGGCGGGGCAGGAGCACAACCGCUGGUUCAGCUGCACCCUCGCCCACGCCAAAGGCCUGUUCAAGGUCACGGGCUUCCUCAGACACCCGUCGGACCGCCCCCCACCGGACCACCAGGAAUACCACAGUUGGCCCGCCAUCGGGGACGGGGAGACUCUCGUCACGUCAGUCGCGAUGGUCAUCAAAACCCGAUCUCCGUCGGUGCGAGCCGCCCUGGGAUCCGGGCAGAAGCUCCAUUGCCACUUCUCCGCGGACCACAAAGGACCCAACGUGACCGUGGAGUGGCACCGGCGGCGCCGCGGCGAGGUCACCCGCCUCUUCAGCCACGCCGCCCGCUCGGGAGUCGCCGAGGGCAGCGGCGUGGCGCUGAGGGCCCUGGCGAGCGGGGACGCCUCUUACGACCUCCCCUUCGCCGAGGUGAAGAGCGAGGCGACCUACAUCUGCUCCGUGUCGGUGCCGCCACUGCUCGGCGCUCUGGAGAUUGACCUGCGCAUUGAAGAGGCCCCCCGCGUCUCCCUCAACAUCGGACCCGCUCUCUCGCUGCCGGAGGGCGGCGAGCAGAAGGUUUCCUGCCACGCAGAGAACUACUACCCUCUGGACGUGGAGAUCGUCUGGUACGUCCAGGACGCGGCGGCGGCGGCGGCGGCAUCGGGGCGGCGGGUCGGCGCCCCGCUCCCGAAGGAGCUUCAGAACGUCCUGCUGUCCAGCCACAGGCACAACCAGGACCAGACGUACUCGCUGACCUCCUUCUUCUACCUCCAGGCGUGGCCUGAGGCCUCAGGGAGGCUGUUCACCUGCAGCGUCUCCCACCCGGCCCUCAGGAUGCCCGUGAAGAAGAGCUUCGUGCUGACCGUGGAGGAGCGCAGCGACUGGAUGCUGAAGCUGCUCGGCGGCCUCGUGCUCGUCUCCCUGGUGGCCGUCCUGUUCCUGCUGCUGGGUCACCUGCACUCAGCAAAACGACGUUCUGUGCAGAAGAAGCCGUACUGAGCGGCGCUGGAAGAGCAGCCAGCGGAGGAGGACUCACUCGUUUUUGUUUUAGAAUGUUUCAGGCUGCGUUUGAUUUCUUCUCAUGCUAAAGAAAUAACUUAAGUGAGUGAUCGGUAUCAAUCUGUGUUAUUGAACUGGGUAAAAUAUGGUUAUUUGCAGAGCCGGUGUUCUGAACCACUGCUUGGAUCGACUGCAAAGUGGUUUGUUUAAAUUAUUUUAAAAUAUGUAAAUAUCUCAUUGUUUCAAAUGUUAUUUUCCAUCAAAAUGUGCUUAACAACUCACAUAAAUUACAAUAAAACUGCAAAUGUUAUUGCGUAAUUUCAAUACCA